AUGCCCCCCAAAGACUGUAAAACAAUACUCCCUCAUCAAUCGGACAGAGGUGAGGAACGUGACCGUGCAGUCUUCUUACUUAAAAGGGAGAGUGAUUCUAAACAUUUUAUUGGAAAGAGAUUUAGAAAUGGACAAAUCAGAAAAGGGCUAAGGGAAUACCAGAUACACAAGUGUGCAAGUACCGUUAAGGGCGUGGUCAAGUGUGUUGGGCUUAUUAAUGGAAAUGUAGUAAAGUCGCAGGGGGGCACAGAAACUCAAAUUUACCUGCUUACCAAAUAUAUUAGAGGAGGGGACCUAUUUGAGUACUUGCAAAGGAAUCCUCACGUUUCUGAACAAAGAAUUGUAUCAUAUAUAUAUCGGAUUGCAAAAAUUCUCAGUAAACUACACAAAAUUAACAUCGCUCAUUUGGAUGUAAAGUUGGAAAAUAUAACACUCUGCAACGGUUUUACAUCCGUGAGACUUAUAGACUUCGGCUCUUCCGCAUUUUUGGGAGAGAUCAUACCCCCUGAAAGUUUAAGUUCCAUUGGUACAACGGAGUACUUGGCUCCUGAAGCACACUUGAACGUUUAUUUAACAAACGAAGACCUUAUAAAAUUGGACUCGUGGGCAUUAGGCGUUCUCACUUGGCGAUUGUUAAAUCAAAACUCUUUUAAAGAGUUUCCUUGGAGUAUUGCAAGAGUAGAUUGCGCAUCUUAUAGGGAAUUUUUUAAUAAUCCGAAAGUGGCCUUUCCCGCGGAAGAAUUUUCACUGUCUACUAUAAAACUUUUAAAAAGGCUUUUGGUGGUUAACCCUCAGAAAAGAGCAGAUGCUAAAGAAGCGGCUAGCGUGGAUUACACACUCCCGAAAAUGUACAUCUACAAAGGUGCACACUUUCUUAAAGCACGCUAG